AAACACCGACAUCAUUGGUUUAUUCAUAUGAUAUAACAUGGCGGUUGAAUAGUAUUACCUACUAAUUAGAAGUGACAAAGUUGUAUAAUAAAAACGUUGUACCAUUCUGGUCUACGUUCGUUAUCCAUAUAAACCUUUCCAUCGUCUUAUCCAGUUGAUCAAUAGUCUUAUAAAGCUUCCAUCAUCCUCAUUGAGAAACUCUAGUUAUCUUCGGAAUUGAAUGUAUUGAAUUCAUUCACAUAAUGGCAAAUACAAGCUUUGCUCAAAAGUGUACUUUCAUGGUAUGUCAAGCUUCAAAGGUCGAUAAUCAUCACCCUUUUCAUCCUUUUCGAUUCAACUCCAAACUCAAACUUAAGGGUUUAUCAGUUCAACAACAGAACUUGGGUUUGAGGUUCCAAAAAGAAAGCACAAGAAAUAUGAGCAUGAUUGUGUACUCCAGCAUACCACCCCCAUCUGAUUCUUCUCAUGGUGAUUGGAAUGUUUGGAUCAUUGGAACAAUAAUCACUGCACUUCUAUCAUUUACAAGGGGCAAAUGGGGACCUUUGGUACAAUUCAAAGAAAAAAUUGAGACAACAAUAGAGGAAGCAGAACGUGUGGCAGAUAUAGUAGAAGAAGUGGCUGAGGAAGUGGAGAAGGUUGCGAAAGGGGUUGUGAAGCAUCUUCCCGAAGGAAAACUUCAGAAUGCUGCUGAAUUAGUUGAAAAUGCAGCUGAAAAUGUAUACCAGCAUGCCCAAAAUGCAGAAGAUCUGUUAGAAAAGGUAGAAGAAUUGGAAAAGGAAGUGGAUUCCUUCUUUGAAUCAACUACUCUUAAAGAGGAAAGUGUUGUCCCCACUACAGAUUCAAGAGAUCCAAAAUAGAGUAAAUCAAUGUCGCAGAUCCAUCAUUUUAGCAUUUGUUGCAGUAGGUUCAAAAUUUGUUAGACUGGCCUCCCUUUGAAGGAAUGGACUAUCCCUAGGCCAUGCCAUAAAUUGCUAUCAAAUAUGACCUCACCAAUAAGGUCUUCCCUAACUUGAGAUGGAAAGGGUGUCCUCUCUUCAGAUGAUACUUCUAGCAUGAGGCUAUUUACAUAACACAGCAAACAUAAUUUUAAACAUUGAGAAUACACAGGUGAUUUCGCAGUUCAUUCCAUCACUAUCAUAUGCACAGUUC